AUGGCUAUACAAUCGAAAUUAGAACUGAAAACCUAUCAACUCGGUAUUGAUAUUCGUAAAAAACAUCAUAUCUACGGAAAAAAUGAUAAAAUAAUUUCACGUGUUGAAUGGAUACGAGAAAAAGAAGAUCCAUGUAUUAUUGUUGAAAUGGUUACUGAUAUAGGCAAACGUGAAACUUUUUUUUUAUCAGGAAUUGGAUGA